AUGUUGGAAUGGUUCAAGAAACUUGGGCCACCAAACUUUAAAGGGGUUGGCACUGACACACUUUGGCCCGCCAGAUGGAUCCAAGAGUUGGAAAAAAAUUUUACUGCUCUGGGUUGUACCGACCAACAAAAGGUCUUUUGUGCCACAUUCAUGUUGCAAGAUGGGGCCCAUUCCUGGUGGAUGGCACAUAAACAAAUUUUAGAAGCUGUUGAUCCCAUAAUCACAUGGGUACGAUUUGUGGGAGCUUUUUAUAAAAGCUACUUCCCUAACAGUGUGAAAGUAGCAAAGGAAGCUGAAUUCUUACAAUUAACUCAGGGGUUAGACACUGUUAUGACUUAUAAGAAGAAAUUUGAAGACUUGAGCAUGUUCGCCCCAGAACAGGUUGACACUGAAGAAAAGAAAGUCAGAAGGUUCUUGGGAGGCAUCAAUACAGUGCUAAGAGGGCCAAUUUCCAUCUUCAACCUCACUUCCUAUGCAGAACUGAUAGAGAAGGCUUUGACAUUGGAAGAAAACUGGAAGGGGAACAUAAUCGAUACUUCUGGAAAGGGAAAGAGGCCACUAGAAUUUCAAGCUGCCAAAAAUACUCAGCCUCAUAAAUUUGUAAAAACUCAAGAUACUCCAAGAACUCAGGAAGCACCAGCUGAAUUGGAACCUUGCCGCAUUUGUGGAAGAUCUCAUGGAGGACCAUGUAGAUACGCUGGUAUCAUCUGUUACAGCUGUGGACAAAAGGGUCAUCAUUCUAAGGUCUACCCUACCCCAAGACAGUUCCCUGCACCUACUAGAUCACAUCAGACAUCACCACAGGGUUAG